AUGAUGUUCGGUAAUUUUAAAAGACAAUGUAAAACAUUGUUAAUUAUGCGCGCAUCAGGGGCACAAAACAUAAUGGCUCCAGCGAGAAUCGAACUCGCACCUUCUGUUAACUUUAGCAUCCUACGAGACAGAUGCACUGCCACUAUCUAUUAA